AUGACCAGUAUAGAUGGACGGUUCCCGCCCAUCUACACCGACCGGUUGAUGAUAAGGCUAUUCGACCCUUCACGUGCAGCAGACUACGAAGCCGUUCUUUAUCUCUACAACUGCGAAUACACCAGAAGUUCCGUCGGAGACAUCGGCCUCCACACCAAAGAACAAAUCGACUCAAGAUGUCAUCGAGAGGCACCACGGCCAGCUGAUCAGUCGCGUCCGUCACCUGACUACCCGUGGCACCUCGUAUACCUUCGAUCCGACCUAUCCAGUGAUCCCAUCGGCAUCAUCUCUCUGUUUACGCAUAUUGCAUUCAAACUUCCGGCAAUGGGAUGGGCGGUCCGCGAGGAGCUAACGGGCCAUGGGUACGCCAGCGAGGCAGGCACGGCAGUGUUGAAAUGGUGGGUUGAGGACAUCGGCGUCGAGAAUAUUUAUGCAGGCACGUUCCCUCACCACAGAGCCAGUCAAAGGGUCGCAGAGAAAAUCGGCUUCGUCAAUGGUGGGAAGCUUUUGGUCAAGUUUCUGAAUAGUGAGGUCAAGGAAGGGAUCUACUUUGUUCUUCCAGGCGCGGACACAAGGAUGGAGGGUUUGACUCUGGAUUUCACGAAAAUCCCUUCGGUCGACAAUGACCAAACUCCAUGA